GUCACGGUCACACUACCAAACCGAAAACCGAACCUUUUCAUUUUGUUGUGGUGCGCAGGUGCGCGUUUGUGCGUUUCCGUUUCCCAAUGGUUUCCCAUCCCAUCACUGAUAACAAUUUUUGAAAACUAUGAAAACCUUUAUGAAAACAUUGAAUCCGCAUCCGCAAUGAUAUCAAAAUUUAUUUUACGAUUCUUCCCCGUUCGGUUAGAUUAAAAAAUUUGAUUAAUAGUGAAUGUAUAAAUCGCGAUCUUAUAGUUCAAUUUUUCAAUAUUUCACCAUAUAAUGUCCUCACUUUCUUCGGUUCAAAUUGGAAGAGAACAGAAAAAAGUGAAGGGUGACGAAGGAAAUUAUGUCAUAAAAUCACCGAUAUUAAUCGACGAACGCACUAAUCCGUGUGUCAAGGAACAAAAUCUCACGACUAAAUGCAUGUAUGACAACAAUUACGACCGGGAGAAGUGUAUUCUUGUGUUCGAUAACUAUACGGAGUGUAGACGAUUUUGGAAAUACGUCAGUUGGGACCGGUGGUUCAAUGGGAUCGUGCCAAAUUUGCCGAUUCCCGAAGAAAGAGAGCGCGUAAAAAAGGAAUACAUUGUGAGCAUCUUGUUUGCACCCACUAGCAUGCGAGAUAUUCCAGAAUUUUUCAAUUUUCCGAUGUUGAAUAAGUGUUACGGCUUAUGCGUGGUCAGCAAAAAAAAAAUGCACACUACUCGAUGCUAGCUCAAUAUUUUAAUAAGAAGAAUGUACUCCAGAGUGACAUCCAUUAUAUGUAUGUAUAACUACUCGUUCCUCUCAUUACGACUUGACAAAUUCACCAAUGUCAGAGUUUGUGCAUUUCAAAAUAACUUGGUCUUUCAAGUUGACAACCCAGCCUGGUUCAAGCCCAAAAAAUAUUUGACGCGGAUCUUUUUUCAAUGUCAACAUUUUGUAAUCCGGAUCUUCUUCCAAUUUUGAUAAUCUGUAGCCGUAUUUCUGAGAUAACACUAAUCUUUCCCACGAAAUUUCAUCCGGAUUGGCCAGAUAACCUCGCGUCGCGGCACUGGUAUAAAACAAAAUUGCAUCAUCAGGAGGAAGCAUUCUUUUUGGGAUCGAUUCGCCUGAAAAUGAAAUAAAAUUACAUUUCAAAAUGUUGAAACAACAAUUAGGACGAUUGCAAUACAGAAUAACAAAAAAGUAAACACAAACCGGAUUCGAAAAACCGCUUCGGAUUAGCUAAAAUACCGACACUUCUAACGUCGUAGUAAGCUGUAGUUAUUACGCCUCCAUUUCUUUCGAUAGCUGCGAUAACUGGUUCAGAAGCCCACUGUACUUCGAUGUUGAUCUUUGCAUUGAAUUUGUCCGCACCCUGGAAGCGAAUGUACACGUAAUUAAUAUCGAAAAGCACUGUGAACCGCUUCUUCGUCGAAUAUGAUUGUGAAAAACUACGGAGACCGGAAAUUCUGAUACGAUUAAUGAAAACCCAUCGCCGCGCCGUAGUUGUUACAAUAUUUACUUCGUCUGUUAAAUUGAUUCCAAAAUGAUUCGACGAAUUAUCGCAUCUGUAUAGUCCCGUACGACAAAUAGCGGCUAAAUCUAUCGGUUUCGUCGUAUCUACACGAUUCAAAUCUAUCAUCCUUUGUAACGCUGCGAGAGUCAAAGGUGGAUAUUCUCUUCUCAACCUGAAACGAUAAUCGAACGUGAAAAAUUUAUACAUUCAAAACUCGAAUACAAUACCGUUAAGUUAAUUGUUUACUGACAGUCUAUUUUUAUAGUAAUUUUCUUCAUGAAACAUCAAGAAAAACGGAGUUUUCUUGCAUUCGCUUCCCAACGGGAAGUAACUGAUUCGGCGGGUCUUUCCACGUCCACUACAGCUGCCUUUGGAAUCACCGCGUCUACUCACUUUCUAUAAAAGAAUAAGUACAGAUAUAAUAAUGAUAAAUUUCAUUCGGUAGCGCUACUGACGUUCAGUAUUGAUUUCACGAGCUGACGAGCAAAAUACUCAUUCAUCAACUCCAUCAGAAGGGUUCGAUAACAAGAAAUGGUGAAAUUUCUCACACAGGAAAUACUCACUUUCUUGGCAUUAUACUUCAAAUUUCCAAUAUUUGCUAAAGAAAUUCUAGGCAAAGAACGUAAAAGGUUCAGCGAAUGCUCGGUAAGAUUCUUAAUGUUACUCAUCUUAAACGCACAUUGAUAGUCAACCAAAAUACUUUACAACGUUAUUCAACAGAUUACCAGUUAUCACUACUCAAAAUUUCGGAAUUAAGAUUUUAGUGAUGAAUAAUUACGCCAAGUGCCGACAAUAAAAUUACCAGUUAUAUUUAGUUUCAAAAUAGUUUCGACUUUCAAA